GGGAGGGAGGUGUGCAACAAUUUCCUGUAGUUGCAUGCUGAUCUGAUCUGAGUCUUUCAACGUUCCUCUUUGAGUUUGCUUGUCACAGAGAGGAGCACAGAGCUGAGCGAAACAGGAUGCAGGCGAUCAAAUGUGUGGUCGUAGGAGAUGGAGCUGUGGGUAAAACAUGUCUUCUCAUCAGCUAUACAACCAAUGCAUUCCCUGGGGAAUACAUUCCUACUGUCUUUGACAACUACUCGGCUAAUGUGAUGGUGGACAGCAAGCCGGUAAACCUGGGCCUCUGGGAUACAGCAGGACAGGAAGAUUAUGACAGGCUUCGCCCACUGUCCUAUCCACAGACGGAUGUCUUCCUUAUCUGUUUUUCUCUGGUGAGCCCAGCGUCCUAUGAGAACGUCCGGGCCAAGUGGUACCCAGAGGUUCGUCACCACUGCCCAUCCACCCCCAUCAUCCUGGUGGGCACCAAGCUGGAUCUGAGAGAUGAGAAGGAAACAAUUGAGAAGUUGAAGGAAAAGAAGCUGGCACCUAUCACCUAUCCACAGGGUCUCGCUCUGGCUAAAGAGAUAGAAUCUGUUAAGUACCUGGAGUGCUCAGCCUUGACACAGCGUGGCUUGAAAACUGUGUUCGAUGAGGCCAUCCGGGCUGUGCUUUGCCCCCAGCCUGCCAAGGUCAAGAAGAAGCCCUGUUCACUGCUGUAAAAGGACGAAAGAAGAGCAACGCCGGACAUUCAGACUCUGCCUUAAAAGAAGAUUUCAAAGUUCUUUAUUCAAAGUUCCUUAUAAAUCUCUACUGUAAUUGUAAAAAAUACCUUGACAGUUACGAUUUAGAAGCAAGAAAAUAUCUAUCUCAAGCCUUCUAAUACUGAGCAAUACAGAUGCUGCAAGACAUUUAACUUCUUUGUACAAUUAUGGUAAUUUCUCAUAGUAACUGUCCCAGAUUUGCACACUGUACUGUCACCCUAUGACCUUAUGAGAUAUAUGUUAACUUUUGUGUUUCUCUAAUAUACGAAAUAAAAAUAGUUGUGCAUCGUU